UUUCCCUCGGUACUGGAUGCUAAGUAGCUAGCUUGCUUAGCUGGAGCCCUUAAACGGAGAAGGUGCCGUUUGCGGCUAGAGUUCCAAACCGACGGACUUCCCUGUCGGUGCAACGGCCCACCGAGCCGCCCACAUCCGUAAGCGGGUAACGACUCACAGAUCUGGAGCACAGCGGCAAAGGAGCGAUGGAGGGUAGACUGGCGCUGUAAAUAGCGGGGGCUAACACUGCUACUCUCGUCUUGAUUUCCAGUGUUUGCUGCCCGGUCAAUCUAUGUUCUGGCAGCCCGACUCCACAACUCUGUAAAUGGGAGAUACAGAGAUACAGAUAAACUGUAGAGGAGAUCUCUUUGGUCUUCAAGACAACACUGUGGGGAGAUUGUAACCCCGAGCUCUGGUGCAUCAAUGAACGAGGAACCACCAGAGAGCCCUGUCCCGGGCAUAGAGCCUGUGCUGGACAAUGUGGGACCGACCACAGCGGAGAAACCAAGCAGCAAAGCAGAGAGACCGUCCAAGGCAACACCCUCACAUGAGCCCAUUGAGCCCUCGGACUCUCUUCCUACUAAGGAAACCCGCAGCUUCGUUCCUAUAGAGAAGUCCCCCGAAGAAGUAAACAAAGAGGAAGGGAGGGCUGCAGGUGGAGAGCCUCCUGCUGACUGGUUAGAGCCCCUUGAGGAUGAUGAAGAGGAAGACGCCAAUUCCUAUUUUGGUAGGAAUGAUGCAGAGGAAGAAAGCCUGGCAGGGGAAAGUGAGAGGAGUGAGAGCGUGGCGGGCAGCGAGAAGGCCUUCAAAAAGAAACAUCGUAUUCAAGUGACUCGCCGUAAGCGGUCUCAUCCUGACGAGGGAUGGGAGGAGUGGACUGCACUUGGAGAGGGCUGGAAACGCAAGGAAGUUGUUCGGCGAUCAGGGAGCAGCAUUGGUCAGAAGGAUGUCUAUUACAUGAGUCCAAAAGGUGAUCGAGUGAGAAGCAGAGUAGAACUGGUGUCAGUGCUGGAGGGUGUUCUGGACCUGUCAACCUACGAUUACAAGUCAGGAAAGUUCCAGGAUGGCAAAGCACGACCUAUACGAAUUCGACAAAGAGUAAAGAAAAAGAUAAGGGAGCGUUCUUCCUCGGAAUCUAGCUUCAUGGAGAGAGGAGAGGGGGCGGACACUCCUGACUCUUACCACAGGCUUACCCCCAACCUGGGACCCAAAAACGCUUUUUCCAACCAGACGGGCUUCUCCACGCAGAGCAUAGCCAGCACUCCAAAGCUCUAUCGCAAUGAGGAUCUACCAUGGGAAGACAGAAUUAAACUUCCCCUGCCCUCAUCAUCCAAACCUCUUCCUCUUCCCUCCAUCAAUGGAGAAAUUGGGACAGAGGAGAGCACUUUGGUCUGUGCCAGAUGUGGUAUUUCGUUCACAGGCACAUGGUAUGACAAACAAAGAAAGAGGCCUUGCUGUCCAUCCUGUUGGGCGGCCUCAAAGACAAAGGAGCAUCCGAUGAUCCGUUUCAGAAAGUGGAUUCCUUGUGGCCAGUGCGUGGGAUGUCACAACACCGUGAAUUGUGGGCAAUGUGCCAAUUGCAAACAUGGCCUGCAGAGCCCUGAGUCCCGGAAACGCAUAUGCCGAAAACGCAAAUGUAUUUGUCCUAUUCGCAAGGGACCUGGAAGUGGAGGCCUCCUGCAGCAGAGGUCGUACAAUGACGUUACUGAAGGCUUGGAUGACACAUGUAUGAGUUUUAAGAGUGAAUUUGCAGACUCACAGCACCAGAGUCUCAAAAGCAGCGACACAGAGAACUUCUCGGUCAAUGUUGACGUUGAAGAUGAUGACGAUAUGUCAACUGACGACGAUGAUGAUUGGCAUAGGAAGCGAAAGCGACGCUCGUGUGGAGAAUGCAAUGCCUGUCUCUGCAGGAAAGACUGCGGCACGUGUGAUUUCUGUGUAGACAAACCCAAGUUCGGAGGCAGCAACAAAAAGAGACAGAAGUGUCGUCUACGGCAGUGUCAGAGGCAGGCGAUGAGGCACCUACUGCCCUUCCAGAUGGGACAAGGAGACUUUGGGCCAGAUGGUCCGAUGACUCCGGGUAGGCCUCGACCUCACUACACGUACAGUCGUAAGUCGAAUUUAAAGCAAGACAAAGGGCAAAAUUUCGGCUUGGACUUCACUGACAAUGAAGACGAUGACUUCCAACCAAUAAGUUGGAGCACUGAGCCUGCCAGGGGUAGCAAACACAGUGAACUGAAUCCACUGAAUUACUCAAAUCCGGAGCAGCACAAUGGACUGUCUGACAGAGUGCCUCGCGUCAGCCACCAUAACUACAGUCAGCUAGACCAGCAAAGUAGAUGUGAUGCAGAGAGAUCACACUCAGGCAGAUAUGGUCAAAAGCCCAUCGAGGAUGAUGAUCAUGAUGAUGAUGAUGAUGAUGAUGAAGACGAUGAAGAAGAGGAAGAGGACUUGCCCAUGAUCACACAGAUCUUCAGUUUGGCGGGUAAUGCAGCAGGAAGUGGUACUGACAUUGAAAACCAGCUGAUGAAAUUGCUACACUCUUUGCGAAUCUCGGUGCUACCGAUCCUAUGGUAUGCCAUCAUGGUGGAGGGCCCACAGCUGCAGCUCAUUCAGUGCUCCAAACUGUCCAACAUGGCCGACACUAUGGUGCUUAUCGACCCAGGCUUCUUCUAUCAGGUCACUGUCCAGAAGCAACCGCUGCUCCCCACCCACCCGCUGUACGACAACUACCCCGCAUGCCUCACCUCUGUGACUGAUGUGGUCAAUCUGCUUCUGGGCCUGGAGAAAUAUGCCGUGUGCCAGGGUCUGUCCCCAAAAGAGUCAUCACCUAAAAAGGACCCCAUCGUAUUGGAACGUGCAUCAACAUGUGAUUUCUUGGUGAAAAGGAAUGUGAGCAUCUGUAAUCACUGCAGAGCGCUACAGGAACUUUAACUUCCACACAGACAGCAGAAACUCUCUGACCACGGUGGAAACCACCUAUUCUCUGGUGCCACUAUGUACCAUUUAUUUGUCUUUGUUCAGUUUUAUAUAUUUUUAUAGCCGUGGGUAGUAAUAUUUAUAUAUAUAUGACAUACUGGAGAUUUACGUCGGGACUGUUAUACUAUGAUAUUAUUAUUUGAAAAAAAUCCCUGCGUGUUGAUGUUAAAUCGUUCGUGUUUCUUCUCCGGCGGCCUGUGUUUGGCUUCUUAUGUUGUCUGUUAUGUCAUUAUGGGCAGUGUGAUUGGAGGGGCUGAAAUCAAUGUGUGAGCCACACUUACACUAAUAUUAACUCCUUUCCCCCUCAUUGUCAAUAAAAUAAUAAUAGGAAAUUUAAUGCCACAUUUUUUUUGUGUUGUUUUUUGUGUCAACAUCAGCCAUCACAAUGUUGUGGUGUCUCACACAUUUGAUACAAUCAAAACGCAGCAGACUUAAGUAUUUGGACAAAAUAAAUCCUCGCAUUUUUCCCAGAUUUCGAUUUUAUACAAAAAAUUGUCUAAAUAACAGUUGCUACCUUGAUGUUUCUGUUUCUUCAGUAACCAAAGCUUUGAUCAUUUUCUUUUGCAAUACUGACACUAACUUAAGGUUCAAACCCCUUAAUUAUUGUGUAUACCAGUAUAUUCAGGUACAAUAAUUAAAAAAAAGGAAAGUGAAUACACUGUAUACUAUACACUGAUUUCAUGGAUAUGACAUAGCAUUUAAACCCCCCUCACCACCCUGGCUCCUUGUUCUACUCAUUGAUUAAGAGAAUUGUAUCUAGAUCGUUUCAGUUUUUGUUACAAUAUGUCAGACACUGAAAUUACCAAAUGCAGAAGGAAAUAAAAGCAUUUUAUAAAAGCGAUACAUUCAAUAUCACAUGGAGCAUAAAGGACGUCACGAUGACCCACAUGGCUCCAUUGCAGAGAUAGGAGACGGUGUUCACGCAACAACAGAUGCAUCUUUAUGUCAUCGUCAAAGAAAAAGCUACUGAUAAAAAACUUCAUUGGCGGUAGUGAUUGCCCAAAGACAUGAGGGAGACUAAAGGCAAGCUAAUGGAGGUGCUGUGGUCAGAUGGGAUCCUGGAGUCCAGACUUUAGGUCUCUUGGACAUGUAUGACUCUCAAAUUGAACAGAAUUAUUUUUGGAAAGAAUAACCACCCCUAACAUUGUACUGACUCAACAGGAGUCUUUCUUAAGCAAUAAUUUUGUACUUUCUCAGAUGAUCCCUGCUAAAAGCCCAGUUAUGGCCAGUCCUCACUGUAUGUUUUAAAUCUGUUACGACAAAGAAUGCAAUAUAGGUUUUCUGUCACAGCAAAGAAACAUGUUAAAAAGAAUGCAUCUGCCCUGAUCAUAAGACGAAAACCAGAGAAAGGCCACGGUCAACAAGAGUUUGUGAUGCUUUUGGACUUAAUAUGACAAUAUGUUUUUUAGUGUUUUGUAUAAUUACAUCUGGUUUAAAACUGCUGCUGUGAACAUAAGGAUUUGCAUUUUCCUUCCAUGUCUGGUCUUGAGUGGUCUGAUGAUUGAUGGUUAAUGUUUUUUUGUUUUUUUUAUGACUUUUCUUUAAAUUGAUUUUUUGUUUUCACCCCUCCAUUGAGUAAGCUGGUGAUUUUAUUUUGACAAUGUGAGAGUUUAUGCAUUCUUAACAUAUCAGAUUUAUUUCGUGUUCCUGGUUUCCUCAAAUAACUGAACAUGUUGAAGCUACUGUAUGUUUGAGGUCUGUCCAUUAUUAUUUUUUGAACUAUUAUUUAGUGUUUGAAUUCAAACAUUAAAGAUAAAUGAAACAGAUGGUUUACUGCCUGUUGUUGCCUUUUUGAAGGCAGUGUUAAAUAAACAUUUCAUCCUGA